AUGAAUACAUCGUUUGAAUAAAUUAACAAAUCCCCUUUGAAUCACUCUGUUUCCAAAUAGCUUUACUCUUUCCCUAAAGCUAAUCGGUUCAAAGAAUUCAAGGAUUCAGCGUAAUCUACCCUACUCAUAAAUCUAGAUGUCCAAACAUUUACUCACUCCCAAGUAUGAUGAGCAAACGUGGAGCAGGAAUUGGAUAUGGAUAAAAGUCGGAUUUGAUCGAAGAAAGCAUUACACCAGGCCCAAAUAACUAUUAAAUAAAGACUACACUCAACGCAACCAAUGGUUGGACAAUGCCUGUAGGCAGAGAUGUAUUCAUAUCAGUUAAGUAUCCCUAAGAAAAGCAAUAAAUAUGAUGGUAUCUUUCUUGGUUUAAUCCAAAAAACCCCUGGACCAGGACAAUAUGAGUUCCAAGACUCUAAAUCUCCUAUUAAAUAUACAAUGAGAAUGAGAACUGAGAGUCAAAAGGACAAAGAUAGAAAACCUGGACCGUAUCUUUAUUAUUCUCAAUUAUUAGUGGACAGUACAAUUUACCAGAGGCUUUAAAUGAAAAUGGAAAAUAUAAAAUUAGCAAGUUUAGAGAGUAAUUUUUAAUUUAAACUCAUAGUUCUGGUGCAAUCAUUCUUUCUCCACCAAAAGCCAAAAGCACUCGUUUCUCUCCUGCUCAUGAACUAACUCCUGGACCAGGAUAAUAUCAACAUACAGGAGACAUUGAUCCAAAAGGACUUUACUAUUGUUCCAAAUUUGCAGAUACAAAAUCGACUGUUUUCACAAGAGCGAAAAGGGAACUAACCAAAAUAAGAGUUGAAUCUCCAGGCCCUGGGGCAUACAAAUUACCAUCAGAAUUUGGGUACUAACAUAUAUUAGACAUAGUUAUUAUGAAAAACCGAUUAAAUGA